AGCAGUCCACUUGUGGGAGCACUUCACACAGCCAGGUUCCCGUGUGCUGGAGAGGGCUUGUGGUGCCAGCAACCCAGCAGCUCUGCGGGUAACUGAGUUCUUGGUGCGGGAAAUCAGCGGUGGCAAGCUUUGAAACAGACACAGUGGUCAACAUGAGCACGGCAGGCAAAGUUAUUAAAUGCAAGGCAGCAGUGCUGUGGGAAGCCAACAAACCAUUCAGUAUUGAGGAUGUGGAAGUUGCCCCACCAAAAGAACAUGAAGUGCGUGUAAAGAUCGUGGCCACUGGGAUCUGCCGCUCUGAUGACCAUGUGAUAACUGGUGCACUGGUUAUGCCUUUUCCAAUAAUUCUUGGGCAUGAAGCAGCUGGUGUUGUGGAGAGUGUUGGGCAGGGAGUGACUGUAGUCAAGCCAGGAGACAAGGUUAUUCCACUCUUUGUUCCACAGUGUGGGGAGUGCCAGAACUGCUUAAACACCAAGAGUAAUCUGUGCAGUAAAACUGAUCUUGGUACAAGUGGUGGAUUAAUGGCUGAUGGCACCACGAGAUUCACCUGUAAAGGAAAAGCAAUUCACCAUUUUCUUGGUACAAGUACCUUCACUGAAUACACAGUACUGCAUGAAUCUGCUGUGGCCAAAAUUGAUUCUGCUGCUCCUCUGGAAAAAGUUUGUCUAAUUGGCUGUGGAUUUUCAACUGGUUACGGGGCUGCUCUGCAGACUGCCAAGGUGGAACCAGGCUCCACCUGUGCCGUUUUUGGCCUCGGAGGAGUUGGCCUCUCCGUUAUCAUGGGCUGCAAGGUGGCCGGGGCUUCCCGCAUCAUUGCCGUGGACAUCAACAGUGACAAGUUUGCCAAGGCCAAGGAGCUGGGAGCCACUGACUGCAUCAACCCCAAAGAUUUCAAUAAGCCCAUCCAUGAAGUGUUGACGGAAAUGACCAGCGGGGGUGUGGACUACUCCUUUGAGGUCAUCGGCCGUACGGAUACCAUGGCUGCAGCCUUGGCCUGUUGUCAGUAUAACUACGGAGUCAGUGUGAUUGUGGGAGUGCCCCCUGCAGCACAAAAGAUCACCUUUGAUCCCAUGCUCCUCUUCUCUGGCCGCAGCUGGAAAGGCUCUGUCUUUGGAGGCUGGAAGAGUAAAGAUGCAGUUCCCAAACUGGUUGCUGACUACAUGAAGAAAAAGUUUGUUCUGGAUCCACUAAUAACCCACACACUACCUUUCACAAAGAUCAAUGAAGGAUUUGAUCUUUUAAGGACAGGGAAGAGCAUCCGCAGUGUCCUGACAUUUUAGGAUUCCCAGACAUUAAGCAGCGGAUGGCUCAGCACCAGUAUGAACUUCACCACCCUCCAAUUCAACUUACAUGAAAUGCAGACCAAGGCUUUCCUGAAGGAUCUACCACUGCCCUUGAAUAAAAGAAUCAAGCUCAAACCCCGCAUUUCAAGAACAGAAUUUAUAAAUGAAACCAUCUUUUUCCUACUACCUCCCUCUCCUCAUUCCUGUUUUAUAUUCUUUAUAUUGUGCUGCAAUUUUAAUAGCCAGUUAUGAAUUACAGGACUUGCCCCUGUCACAGAUGUUCUAAAAAUUUGGAUUUUUACAAAUUACUUAUAAUAUGCAAUCUUUUAAUAAAAUAAAAAGGAAAUACACUGUUUGUUUAGGCUUCCAUAACACUGCAAGCUUAAGAAAUUUGUACCUGCAGUUCAGCAUAGUGAAACUCUAGAUUAGAACUGUGUAUCCAUCCUGAAGGACUGUAUCAUUCCAGUGCCUAAUAAGCAAGGAAUGAUAUAGCAGAAAUUAAAAUUUAUGGUGACCAUGUGUUUGAAUCAAUAAUUUAAGUAAAUCAUAGACUUAUGACACUGUCAAGUCAGGGAUGGAAAGAAAGACUCCAGUCUUCAGGUGGAUCAGAAGGCUAACUUUAAUGAAAGUAAUGGAUCUCUUAUAAUGUGACUCAAUAAAGUGAUACUUGAUUGGUCUCAAAGUAGAAA